UUGUGUUGUCAACUACGUCAACUACUAAACCAAUCUGAUUUGGAUCUGAUUGUAUCAUGGAUUUUGUAAUGAUGCCAAUAAAUUCAUAGUUUAAUAAAUUCGGUAUAAACCCCAUUAAAUUGUUUAAAUAAUUAAUGAAAAUCGUAGUGCAGAUAACAUUGGCCUAAUUCACAAAUUACCUACCGCUCUACCUGUAGUUACGACCUCAAAGUAAAGUGGCCGUUUGAAAUAUUCCCAAAAUUGUCGAUGGCUGUAACGAUGGAACUGGAGGAGAGCGCUUCAGACUCCAAGCUCCAUAAGGAAAGCCUGGCAAAGAAGGAGCUGAGGCCCUCUAGCGCAGUUUCCUUUUCCAAAUCGGAACAUGGAACAGCCGAUACGACAUCUUCAAUAGAACAGUUAAGACAGUACAGGAGUUGGGUAAGCAACGAAAGGUGGAAUGAACUCAAAAAGAUCGCAGACACGGCCAUGAGGGAACGAAAAGUUUUCAUGAUAAAGGGCGGAGGAUUCCCUGCCAUACGUCGGGCAUUGUUGGAAAGAGGUUGGAUCGAAAAAUAUGAGUCACAUAAGGUCCGACACCCUCCUGCAAUUGUAGAACCAAAAAGAGUUACAGGACAGGAGCUUUCGAAGGUUGAAAGAAUGAUUCUUUUCAAGUUCAUGGAACACCAUGCUGUCGAUUUUCUUUGGACGACUAAAAGGGACAAAUAUGAUUGGCUGCUUAGUAAUAAGGAAGUUCUCAUAAGCAGGUUUAGUAGAUCCAUUUUUACCACAAAAGAAGGCUUGACGACUUCCCUGAUCCAAAUGCAUUGGCACACCGAGCCGGGGGUAGCGUUAACAAAAUUUCCAAGGUGCUACAACAUUUAUAAUUCCGAUAGCCUUGAAGAAUUUAUCGACGACUUUAGAAUAACUGCCUGUAUAAGUGUUCUUAAAUGGUUAUCAAUUACGAUAAAAGAAAAAUCGGAGUUGGACCUCGUGAAUAUUCAUGGAAAAGUGCCGUUUUCAGCUGUCGAAUUCGCCAUAAGUAGAUUAAACGAAUAUAUUGCGUUCUUUACGCAUAAAGAUAUUGAUGACACAGAGGAUCAAUCAGUACAUAUAUGGGAACACGAAUGGGACCAAUUUUUAACGCAUCAUUAUCUCUUGGUACAUGAAAAUGCCAAAUUUCUGGAAGACAAAUGCACCAACUUAGGAAAUUUGGAACGUAAAGCCGCUAAAGCUUUAACGACAAUGACAAAGUUUUGGCCACAGAUUGACAUUGAUGGUGUUUUCAAUAUUUGGAUCGUGAAACCCGGAAACAAGUGCCGAGGGAGAGGCAUACAACUUAUGAAUAAUAUAAAGGACAUCAUAGGUCUCAUUAACGUCCCGGCACAAAAAACUAGAUAUGUUGUACAAAAAUAUAUUGAAAACCCGCUAGUUAUUUACGACACCAAGUUUGAUAUACGACAGUGGUUUCUAAUUACCAAUUCCCAACCACUUACUAUAUGGGUGUACAAAGACAGCUAUUUGCGCUUCAGCUCUCAAAUAUUCAGCUUAUCUAACUACCACGAAUCUGUGCACCUGACGAAUAACGCGGUGCAGACCAAAUACAAGAAUACCGGCGAUCGGGACAAAGCACUGCCAGACGAAAAUAUGUGGGACUGCCACACAUUCAAAGCAUACCUUAGACAGAUAGGAAAGUAUGAAUUGUGGGAUACUAAAAUAUACCCUGGAAUCAAGCAGUGCUUAGUUGGAGCUAUGUUAGCGUGUCAAGAGACUAUGGAUAAAAGACAAAAUAGUUUCGAAUUGUACGGAGCGGACUUCAUGCUGACGGAUGAUUUUACACCCUGGCUCAUCGAAAUCAACUCCAGUCCUGACUUGGCACCAACCACGUCUGUCACAGCGAGGCUAUGUCCACAAUGCUUAGAAGACGUAAUAAAAGUUGUUCUGGACAGACGAUUAAAUCCUGAAGCUGACACUGGAUUUUUUGAACUGGCCUACAGACAAGUUAUACCAAAAGCCCCCGCAUACCUUGGGUUAUCAUUAUGUAUCAACGGGAAGCGACUCAUCAAAAAGCCUACUAAGGAACGAAAACAUGAGUCACGAAGCUUUACUCCAUUAGGACCUCCCGUCCCAUCCGGCGAUGAUAUUAUUGAUCCUGACCAUCCAGUUCCUGCAGAGUAUAGUGGACCGAUCAUCACAGAUUUUCUGACUUGGUUAAACCCAUACGAUUCUUUGCCGAUGAACAAAGACAAUCUAGUCGUAGGUCCCAAGGAAUCGCUUACGGUACGCCAAGCUGUUGCAGUGGUAAAAUCGGGUCAGUCUCUAAAAAGUGGUAACAAAAAGCGUAAAACAUCCGCGCUUUCUUUUAGGACACUUCGAGGAAGGCGCGAAAAAAACGCAGAAUCUAAGCGUCAAAUCGUGCCCCACUCCUGUUGUCGUCCAGAAGACAACCAAGCCCACAAUCAUGUGACCAAAUACCGAACAGAAUCGGCAAGUAUGGCGGAAAAAAUCAGACCGAAGAUUGAUAGGUCAGUAGGUAAUAAGCGAUGCUACAUUGAUCCCGUGCAGUGGGAACGAGAAACUGCCAGUAUCCUCCGGUCUACGAUUUCUGUUCAGAAUAAAAUGUCAGUCAGAAACGAGCCAAUAGGUCCAAACGUACGGCAAACUAAAUCUGGUAUUGUCACAUCCAGUCAUAAAUCGUUGUUGGAACCGUUAAGCUCUCGUAGUUUUGUUGACAGUACAAAUACUAUUAAAAAAUUGAGUGCUGUUGGCAAAAGUAUAUGUAAGCUACACGAUGAAAAUAGAACUAAGAAAUCUAUCAGUUUCUCGAACAGUUGUACAUCAAUUUAUACGCCGUACCGUGUUUCCAUUACACCUCUAAAUGAUGAUUCUUCAAAUUUAUAUUUGAAAGGCAAAACUAAAAACUAACUAUAGUUCUACUAUGAUGAGACUAAAAUAACCACUGUUCUAGUUUAAAGUGUUCAAAACUAUUUUUGUUAAGGAAAUUAAGACUUAUAUUAAUAAGUUUACCUACUUAUUUAUAAAUUGUUAAUUAAUAUAUUUAAUCUAAA